CAAGUUCAGAUUUAUUUUUCGAAAUGAACGAUGGGCAACUGGAAGUUAUGGAGGAAUCUACUGGAUAUUAUCCGCCUACGACUGCCCCAAAUUUGCAUCGGCCUCCACUCAGAGAAGUGAAGCCGCUUCCUGUUGACCCGGCAAUAGCUCACCCAGAAGACGCCGACUCUGGACACUCUAAAAACAAAGCAGUGCGAUCAGUAGAGAUGCAACAGAAGAUUGCGAAUUUGAAAGUGUGGAGUGUGAACACAUACAAAUGCAGCAAACAGGUAAUUAACGAGAAAUUGGGAAGAACAACAAAAACAGUUGAUCCAGAAUUGGAAAAGAAAAUCGAAAUCCUCCUGGACACGCAAGCAAAGUACAAUAGAAUUCUCACUUUGGCUAAAUCGUUUAAUGCACACAUGUUCAAUGUAAUCCAGACACAAAAAUCAUUAGCCGAGCUUUUCUCGGAACUGUCUUUUAAGCAACCAGAUUUGCACGAUGCUUUCACAAGUAAUGCCAACACACAGAAGUCUCUUGUUAAGAAUGGAGACGCACUAUUAAGUGCAAUUCGCUUUUUCAUUGAUGCCAUGGAUACGCUUGUGAACAAAACUACCCAGGACACAGUCAUGACUGUGAAGCAGUACCAGUAUGCACGAGUCCAAUUCGAUGCAUAUCGUAACGAGACAGAGUCCUCACUCGGGUCCGAGGCAACAACGCACAGCACAGCUCCCAAUGGCACAAGUCCAACAACAACAACACAUGGCACGAUGAGUUCCUCGGAGUCCGACGGGAACCUAGAACAGCACAAGUCUCGUUUCGAGACACUACACAAAGAUGUAGACAUCAAACUGAAAUUGUUAGACGAAAACAGAGUGAAGGUGAUGACCCGUCAGUUGACCUUAUUCGAGACAGCACUGGCUGCCUUCAUGUCUGGCAAUGCAGAGGAGUUGGACACUGUGGUGAAGCAGUUCAAGGUCAAAGUGGAAGAGGGCGAGGCACCCUCUUUCCUGGAGCUGCACUGAAAGGGCUCACCACAUGGCCAACACGAUGAAGACAGUCAACUGGUUCCAUAAUAAAGACAAAGGCUGCAAUUUUAUCAGACUAAUUAUGGUUUGAACGUUCUUUGGCCUGAGCGUUAGGGUGAAAAUGUUAUAUUAUAAAUGACAAGGUUCCUAGCAUCAGUGUACAGAAACUUUCAAAAUUUUCUAAUUUUUGAAGAUGAAUACAAAAAUUGCAUGCAAAAAAACCCGAAUCUGAUUACUCUUUCUGAACUGAUAAAACUGCAGUCUCUAAUAUAGCGAUGUCAUCACUCUACAUUAUUGUGUGUCUAUGUUAUUGUCUCCACCCAAUCAUUUUCCCUCUGGAUUCUGAAAAAUUAUUAGAUUCAGAAACUUAAACAAGGCUUAGCAUAUCACAAAUUUGUAACGUAUUUCACCAAAUUAUUGUACAGUAACUGAACGCUCUGUUUUCUUAAUGGUGAACAGAUGGUUUUCUGAGUGCUUACUAAGUGUGUAAAUUCAGUAGCUACUUGCGAGUGUUUUAUGCUGAAAAGUAAACAAAUUACGUCGAUGCUGGUGGAAAGUUUCAAGCAAUAGUGAAGGGUUACAGUGGUCUAUGGUCCUUUCCAUACUCAUGCUUUUAUGCUGAUGUGAUGUGGUGUAUAUGAAGGUCGUAUUCAUCGGGCUAGAAGUGCAUUUGAAGUAUCUGAGGUAGUUUUUCUUGCUGAGCUCUGCCGAAGAAUUAAUAAAUAAAAACUUUUUUUCCCGAUAACUUGAUUUUUUUUGAGAGAAAAAGUUGAUCAGCAGAGUGGCUUCAUUGUGUUUAUAAUGUUCAUUUGAACUAAUUUGUUAAUAUUUGAAUUGUAUUUAAAUUUAUCAUUUAUUAAGUGAAUAAUUUGCUUGUGUUUUUUAAUUUUGUCCAUCUAUCCCCUCAUUCUCAG